AUGGGCCAACUUCGUGGACGCAUUCUGCACUGGGCUGUGACAGCGGCGAGCUGUCAGGCUUUUCUCCUCCUCGGCUAUGACCAGGGCGUCAUGAGUGGGUUGAUUGGAGCGGAUAAUGAGUUUGGAAAGCAGUUCGGUCAUCCGAACGCCAAUAUGCAGGGCAUCAUGACAUCUAUCUAUGACAUCGGCUGCGCUGUUGGCUGUAUCCUCAGUUUUGUUGUCGGCCACAAGUUCGGCCGCAAGAAGAUGAUCAUGGCCGGUGGCUCGAUCAUGGUGAUCGGGACCAUCAUUCUGGGCUCGUCAUACACCCGCGCACAGUUCCUCGUCGGGCGCAUCGUCACCGGUCUCGGAAACGGGAUAAACAGCAGCAGCGUCCCAACGUAUCAGAGCGAGAUGGCCCGCCCCGAAGUCCGCGGUAUGCUCCUCUCUGCCCAGGGCACAGUGACCAUCGUCGGCCUCUGCAUCGCAUACUGGUUAGACUAUGGCUUGAGUUUCGUCCCAUCGCCCGUCCAGUGGAGGUUUCCCAUUAGCUUCCAGGCUUUCUUUGCAGUGUGCCUGGUGCUGCAGAUGCUUUCGCUGCCUGAGACGCCGAGGUGGCUCUGCGAGCAGGAUCGCGGUGAUGAGGCGGCGCAUAUUCUGGCUCGACUGCAACUAAAGCAGCCGGCUGAUGAGUCGACGCAGGAUGUGGUCUUGCUACGAAGGCAGAUUGAGACGGCUAUUGCGCUGGAGUCAGCUGGUGGGCCGUUUAAGUAUAAGGAGUUAUUGGCUGGUGGGAAGGUUCAGAAUCUGCGCCGGAUGAUUCUGGCGGGGCUGGUUAAUAUUCAGCAACAGUUCACAGGAUCGAAUAUGAUCAACUACUAUGCUCCGGUCGUCUACGCUAACGCCAUGCACUUAUCCCGGAAUCUCGCCCUCAUCCUAGGCGGCUGCACUUCUCUCACCUACCUCGUCGGCUCCAUCAUCCCGCUCUGGAGCAUGGACCGCUUUGGUCGCCGAGCGUCGCUCAUGUUCUCCGCCGCGGGACUUUGCUUCUGCUUCGUCAUGACGGCCAUCUUGCUGUCGAUCGGAAGCAAGCCCUGCGCCUACGCCGCCACGGCCUUUGUGUUUCUGUUCCAGCUUUUCCUCGGUAUUGGAUAUUUGCCUGUUCCAUGGUUCUACCCAAGUGAAAUCACCACAACCCGAAUCCGCGCGCGAGGCCAGGCAUUCGCAGGUUUCGUGAACUGGAUCUGCGUCUUCAUUGUCGUCCAAAUCACACCGAUAGCAAUUGACAACAUCCAAUGGCGAACAUUCAUUAUCUUCGCCUGCUUCUGCUUCUGCUGGAUCCCAAUGGUAUACUUCUUCUUCCCCGAAACCAAAGGCCUCGAGCUGGAAGAUGUGGACCACCUCUUUGAAGCGGGUGGUCUCACGGGUGGUGUCUUCGCUUCAAGGGGAUACCCCGUUCGGCCGGGCUUCCAUCGCACGCAUCCCAAUACGGAGAAAAUUGAGAAGCCGCUUGCGGAGGAGUUGGAGGUGGGGGUUUAG